AUGGAGGUAGAAAAUGAUCGAGUUGCUGAAAAAAAUUACCUUGAUCUUCUUGACAUGUCAACCGAGUUGGGUGAAGAAGAAGAUAAUCAGUUGUUCCAGUGGGUUAGGCCUAUACACUUGGAUGACGAAGUUGGAAAUCCUGAUCCACGAAUUGCCGCUCAUGCUCGAGAAUUUGGAGUUAAUGUUGAACAUAGUGGUGGAGACAUCCUCAUGCUUGGUGACAAACCCCAUCAAUCUCUUACAAAUCUCUCCAAGACUUAUGGCCCUGUAAUGUCUCUCAAGCUUGGGAGUAUUUCCACCAUAGUCAUUUCCUCUCCCGAAACCGCCAAAGAGGUCCUACACAGAAAUGAUCAAGCCUUCUCCGGCCGAGAGGUCCUGAUUCCUUGCUUCACCAUAUAUUAUAUUAGGAUAGGGGUCUCCAAUGGGCAGGCCGGGCCCACUGCUUUGUAUGAUCAGGAUCUCUUUCUUGCGGGAACUGACACCACUUCAGACACAAUAGAGUGGGCAAUGGCAGAACUACUACACAACCCGGAAAAAAUGGUAAAAGCUCAAAGGGAGCUCCAAGAAGUCCUUGGCAAGGAUGGGAUAGUUCAAGAAUCAGACAUCUCAAAGCUCCCUUACUUACAAGCCAUAGUUAAAGAGACCUUUAGGUUGCACCCACUAGCCCCACUGCUAGUUCCCUAUAAAGCUGAAACUGAUGUAAAAAUAUGCGGCUUCACAGUUCCAAAGAAUUCCCAAGUACUAAUUAAUGCAUGGGAUAUCGGUUGUGAUCCAAGCGUUUGGUCGAACCCGAAUGCAUUCAUGCCUGAGAGGUUUCUGGGGUGUGAUAUUGAUGUCAAAGGCCGGGAUUUUGAGUUAAUUCCAUUUGGUGCUGGAAGAAGAAUAUGUCUUGCACUGCCAUUAGCUCAUAGGAUGGUGCACCUGAUAUUGGUCUCUCUUCUUCAUUCCUAUGCUUGGAAGCUUGACGAUGGUAUGAAACCAGAAGAUAUGGACAUGAAUGAGAAGUUGGGAUUUACAUUACAGAAGGCCCAGCCUCUACGGGCUAUUCCCAUCGAAGUUUGAUUGUAUUUUUAGGUUUU